AUGGCGACUACACUAAUCUGCCUUAUUUUGUUGGCAGCAGCUGGUCUUUAUGGACUAGGCCGAGUUGUAUACAAUGUCUUCUUCCAUCCACUGCGAAACUUCCCGGGGCCUUGGAUGGCCGGGGCUACGUCGAGUUGGAAAGCAUAUAAGGAAGUUAUCAAGCAGGAGUCGGCCGUUCAUGAGCUCUUUCAUCUCCAUAAGAAAUAUGGUGAUAUUGUCCGCGUUACCCCAAAUGAGCUCCAUUUUGGAAGCCCAGCUGCGUUCCACGAUAUCUACCACAGCAGCAAGAGGUGGGACAAGGAUACGGGUCUUUACCGAACUCCCGGAGUUUCAUCCGGGUCAUUCACAUUCUUGAAGUAUGCUCAGGCAAAAGAGCGACGGGAUGUGAUUGUUCCAAUUUUCUCCAAGAAAGCCAUUAAUAAACUUGAGCACCUCGUCUGGCGGAAUGCAAACCGCCUUGCAUCGUCCAUCGCCAAAACCAAUGCAUCAAAAUGUUCCAUCGACCUACUCUAUGCGUUCCGAUCCUAUACUCUCGAUACCAUCAUGUGCUUCACAUUCGGCAACUGCAUAGACGCCCUCGAUGCGCCGGCGUUCAGCGACCCUCUGGUUCUAGCCAUGGACGCCAGCCUUCGUAUGCUGCCAUUCAUGAAGAACUUCCCCAUGAUUCGAGAUCUCAUCUUUGCUGUGCCGCCGGGCUUGGUCAUGCGCCUCAUCCCCAAUGCUCAGAAAUUAACACCACGACUGUACCAGGUCCGGGAUCUCGUCCAGCAACAACUGAAAGUCGUCCUGAACUGCCCUUCGAAGCUCAAUAACGUGCCUCAUGAAACCCUCUUUCACCGCAUGCUUGACCCGGAGUCAUACCGGAGCAAGAAGGUCCUAAAUAUGACAGAGCUACACGACGAAGGCUUCACUCUCAUUUUCGCAGGUGCCAACACAGUAGCCGACACGCUGCUAAUGGGCCAUUGGCACGCAAUGCAAAACCAGACCUUACUAACCCAACUGAGAACCGAGCUGCUAACCGUCUGGCAAGAAGUGGACCAGCAGCCAUCCCUAAAAGAUCUCGAAACCCUACCUCUCCUCACGGCAACCAUCAAAGAAUCCCUCCGCUUCAUCCCGUCCGGCGUAUCGCUAACGCGCGUCGUACCACGAGGUGGCGCCAUGAUAUCAGGGAAACAUAUCCCCGGCGGGACGGUGGUGGGGAUGGCUAUUUUGCACGUGCAUCAGAGCACAGAAGUAUGGGGUAAGGAUGCGCUUGUGUUCAGACCUGAGCGGUGGCUGGAGAGUUCGGGGUAUGCAAAUGGCCGGAACGGGAAGAGUGAAUUGGAUCACUGGCUAGUGCCGUUCAGUCGGGGCCCGCGUAUGUGCUUUGGGAUGAACUUGGCUUGGGCGGAGAUUUAUAUCGCUUUCGCCACUAUGAUAAGACAUUUUGACUUGACUAUUGACGGUACGACGGAAGAGGAUAUGCAGUGGCGGGAGUGUAUUGCAGCUUACUAUCCUAAUAGGCACUUGCAUGCGUGGUGUCGUCCGGUUGGGUCUGGGAAUGUGAUGUAG